UUAAUCUUAUUCGUGGUUAAAAGUGAUGCAGCUGUAGUUUUGCCAGUAUUAUAAAUUCCAUAAAUCAGUGUUUCCACCAACUAUUGAUCGCAUAUACCGAGGCCACCAACCAACCCUUCUCUAAAACACAUCCGGAUUUUGAUUUUUGAGGGGAGGAGGAGAGAUGGUGAGUUUGGAGGCGGAUCACGAAGGCGGCGUUGCCAAGAGGCUGUGGAACAAGUUCAAGAAUGAUAGGGAUUUAGCUCUUUACAGCCCUUUUGUUGUUUGCUUGGCUUCUGGCACCUUGGACCCCACCUCUUUUCUUCAUUGCAUCUCUCAAGAUUUCUACCUUCUUCAGGCUUUUGCUCACGCAUAUGAACUAGCAGAAGAGUAUGCAGAUGAUGAUGAGGACAAGGAGGCCAUUGGCAAGUUGCGAAAGCGUGUCUUGAAGCGGCUUCGAAACCAGGAUAAACUUAUUUCUGAAUGGGGUUUUGAGCCUCCUAAAGAGCAUGUUUGCGAUGAUGCCAUAUCAAAGUAUACCGAGUUCUUGAUGGAGACAGCCUCAGGGAAAGUCGGAGGAGAGAAAUUUGCUGUCAAAAUUGUUACACCUUUUGAGAAAACUAAACUGGCUGCGUAUACGCUGAGCGCCAUCUCACCGUGCAUGAGGCUCUACAGUUUUAUCAGUAGAGAGAUCCAGGCUCUCCUAGACCCCGAUGAGGGCAACCACAUCUACAAGAAGUGGCUCGACAGCCUGUCUUCCGAAAAAUUUGAGGCAUCAGCUUCGAGAAUUGAAGACUUGCUUGAUAAAUUAAGCAUUUCUUUGACCGGUGAAGAGCUAGAUGUCGUGGAAAGGCUCUAUCAUCGGGCCAUGAAACUCGAGAUAGACUUCAUCUGGUCCCAAUCAAUUGUUCAGCAAACCAUAGUUCCCUUUUCACUACUCCACAACAGUGUCGAAGACAACCUCAUCACUUUAUGCGACUUCGACUUGACAUGUACAGCUAUUGACUCCUCUAACCUUCUAGCAGAGCUUGCAAUUGUAGCAGCAACCAAUACUACCGAGCCACAGCUCCCAUCAUCAGCUGAUAUUAGGACCAUGUGGAAUGAUCUCUUCAGCCAAUAUGUGGAAGAGUAUCAAGAAUGUAUAGAAAGCAUCGUGCCUAGUGAAGCAUGUGUUGAUGAUUCAAGCAAAGGGACAGGAUUGGAUUACGAAGGUCUGUGUAAAGCAAUGGAGCAGAUAUCUGAAGUCGAGAAGCGAGCUACUUCAAGAGUCAUCCACUCUAAUGUAUUGAAAGGAUUGAAUCUAGCAGAGAUAAAAAGGGCUGGUGAGCACCUCGCCUUCCAAGAUGGUUGUAAGCGAUUCUUUCAGGAUCUCGUGGAAUGCAAAAAACGCGCUGCAGACAUUCAUGUGUUGUCAUACUGUUGGUGUGGUGAUCUAAUCAAAUCUGCCUUCUCAUCAGGAGAAGAAAAUGUGUUGAAUGUACACUCAAACAACUUAGUCUACGAAGCAUCUGUCUCCACUGGUGACAUUACAAAAGACAUGGAAUCCCCCAUGGACAAGCUUCGAGUUUUCAAUGAUGUCACCAACCGCGAAAAUGGUGGUAAAGCCUCAACAGUUUACAUUGGGGGUACGGCUGGUGACUUGUUGUGUCUGUUGGAAGCGGAUUUUGGCAUCGUGAUUGGCUUGAGCAGCAGCCUUGAGAGGCUCGGAAAACAUUUUGGCAUAGCUUUUGUUCCAUUGUUCUCUGGUCUAGUGAGCAAGCAGAGGGAGCUUCCAGAAACGGGGAUUUUGAGUCGCGAUGGAAGAUCCAACAUUCUAUAUACGGUCUCUAGCUGGGACGAGAUACACACCCUCAUUUUGGGGAGGUAGACGCCCGUCCCAUCCUCUACGGGAUGUGCAUACAGGAAAAUAGUAAACUUAGAAAUGGUUAGUUUUGUUGUUAUAAAUGUAUGGCUGGUGGCUCUUGAUCCUAUUGUUUUUGGUGUGAGGAUUGAAGGCCUAUGGUAAUAUUUAUUUGUUGUAUUAGUAGAUUGGAUUGAUUAGAUGACAAGUAGUUGAAGUGAAUUACAUAAAUCUUCUGCUUGCUAUUAUAAAUAAUGUGGAGUACACGAGAAUUUUUCAAA